CUGUCCAUAGAGGAAUCGGAUUCUUACAGUCAAAUGGUGGAGAAGUUGAAACGAUGGGGCAUCGAGUUUGCUUUCAAACUUCUGAUACAGCCUGUCGAUAGGAAUGAAUUUGACUUCAAUCCGGCGGAUGUGAAUGCCUACUAUUGGUUUAUGUCAAAUUCCAUCAAAAGAAAUGAUAUGCAGGUCUGGUGUGGCCACGCAACGACAGAUGCCCUAAUCGACGCCAUUCUCACCGACCCCCACGUUCUCGUAAAAUACCGUGUGAAUCAAGUGCUCGCUAAUCAACCAGAAUUCGCUGCCGCUUUCAACUGCGCAAUCGGCACUCAAAUGAAUCCGACGGAACGAUGUGCUGUUUGGUAG